UUCACCAUUUUGUCUGUUGGAGUAAAAGGGGCUCGGAGGGGCCGAGAGGGGCUCGGGCUGGACCAUCCCGUGGUGCGGGGGGGACCGGGUUGUACCAACCCCCUGGAUAGGGGGCAGGGCUGUACUCGGCUCCCCCUCCGACGGGUGGGGCAAACAGGUCCUGUGUAUCCACCUGGCCUGGAGGCUGGAAGAUGAAACCCGCGAGGAAGGCUGCCACCUCCUCCUCUUCCUCCUCGUCCAGCAGCAGCAGCCGCUCUCCCCCGUCCACCCGGGCCAAGACCCAGAAGCGCAGGACGGCUGAGGGGGGGCCCAAGCCGGCAGGGGAGGAGGAGGGGGGCGGGGGAGGCGGGGAGGAAAGCCCUGCCCAGCCCCCGCCCUUGCCAAGCUCCCACCUCAUGCCAGUGAAGAUGGACCCCUACGAGCCGCCCGAGGGGGAGGUGGGGUGCGACGACCCCCCAGGGGAGCCCCCUCUGAGCCGCAAGACGGCCACCUUCAAAUCCCGAGCCCCCCGCAAGAACCCGGCGGCCGGGGAGGAGUGGAGCGGGUCCGAGGGCUCCGGGGCGCCUGGCGAGGAGGGCGCCGGGCACUGCCCCUCCUCCAGCACCGACACGGCCAGCGAGCACUCGGCCGACGAGGACGCCAAGGGAGCCGGGGGGGAGUUGUGGGGCCCGGCCCCCGGCCCCAGUGAUUACGACCUGCGGCUGCUGCGUUCGCAGCGGGUCCUGGCCCGGCGCCAGGGCAUCUUCCAGCCAGCCGUGGUCAAGCACGUUCGGCGUGGCCAGGACCUGGGACUUCAGUUCGCCGGCGACCGGGCCAUCACCUAUUACGAGGGGGCGCUGGGCUCGGGGGCCCUGGACGUGGUCCUGGACACCACGCCCCCUGCGGGCGCUGUGGCAGUGGGGGCCCGUGUCUGCGUCAGCGUGGCCCCCGAGGAGACGGCCUACUACGAGGGCACCGUGCUGGAGGUGAGCCUGAAGCCGGCCUCCUACAAGGUGCGUCUCGCCAGCCUCAGCCCGGCCCCCCGCAAGGACACGGUGUGGGUGCCGCGCUCCGGCCUGCGGCUGCUUCGCCCGCCCUGGAGCCCGGCUGUCGCCGCGCCCCCCAAGCCAGAGGAGGAGGAGCCUCCCUGCCCUGAGCCCAAGCAGCCGGAGGACGCCGAGGUCUCCAAGAUCAGCGCCGGCGUGCGGGGGGCAGGGGAAGAGAAGCCCCCGGCCGCCCCCCCGCAGCUGCUGUCGCCCCCCAAGUCCCCGGCCUUUGCCCGCCUGCCGGAGCAGGCCUCCCCGCUGCUGAGCCCCGAGGCAGGCGGCAGCCGGAGCAGCAGCGUGGUGUCGGUGGAGAAGUGCAGCACUCCGGGCUCGGCGCGCUCCCGCACGCCCCUGACGGCCGCCCAGCAGAAGUACAAGAAGGGGGACGUGGUCUGCACCCCCAACGGCAUCCGCAAGAAGUUCAACGGGAAACAGUGGCGCCGGCUCUGCUCCCGCGAGGGCUGCAUGAAGGAGUCGCAGCGGCGCGGCUACUGCUCCCGCCACCUCUCCAUGCGCACCAAGGAGCUGGAGAGCCUGUCGGAGGGCCGGGCCAGCGGGCUGCGGGAGGGCAGCGCCGAGUUCGACUGGGAUGAGACGUCCCACGACAGCGAGGCCAGCAGCGCCCGCGGCGACUCCCGCCCCCGCCUGGUGGCGCCGGCCGACCUGUCCCGCUUCGAGUUCGACGAGUGCGAGGCGGCCGUCAUGCUAGUGUCGCUGGGCAGCUCGCGCUCGGGCACCCCGUCCUUCUCGCCCGUCUCCACCCAGUCGCCGUUCUCCCCCGCCCCCUCGCCGUCCCCCUCGCCCCUCUUCGGCUUCCGGCCCGCCAACUUCAGCCCCAUCAACGCCUCGCCCGUCAUUCAGCGGGCAGCCGCCCGCAGCCGCCACGUCAGCGCCAGCACGCCCAAAGGGGCGGGGGGCGGCGUGCUGAGCCCCGAGAUGCUGCACCACGCCCCACACCGGGAGCGGCACUCCUCGGGCAUCGUGCCCACCUUCCAGACCAACCUGACUUUCACCGUGCCCAUGAGCCCCAGCAAGCGCAAGGCAGAGGCGCCCCAUGGCGGGCCGGGUGGGGGCGCCGACUUCCAGAAGAGCGACAGCCUGGACUCGGGGGUGGAGUCGGUCUCCCACACCCCCACCCCCUCCACGCCCGCCGGCUUCCGGGCCGUCUCGCCCCCCGGCCCCGGGCCCUUCUCCUCCCGCUCCCAGCAGGCCUCGCCGCUGCUGCUGCUCUCCCCGCCAACCGGGCUGACCUCCGACCCCAGCCCCACGGUGCGCCGGGUGCCGGCUGUGCAGCGGGACUCUCCCGUCAUCGUCCGCAACCCCGACGUGCCGCUGCCCUCCAAGUUCACAGAGAAGCCGCGGGAUGGGCGGGCGGGCAGCCCCCGGCUGGGCAAGGUGGGCACCAAAGAACAGCUGCAGGUGCCGGUGCCCAUCAAUAUGGGGCGGGCACUGCCCUGCAGCCAGCCCAGCGCUGUCCCGGCCCCGGAGCAGGCGCCCCCCGUCUUCAGCGUCUCCUCGCCCUUCCAGCCAGUCGCCUUCCACCCUUCCCCGGCCGCCCUGCUGCCCGUCAUUGUGCCCAACGACUACUCCGGGCCGCCGGCCCCCAAGAAAGAGAUCAUCAUGGGCCGGCCUGGCACAGUCUGGACCAACGUGGAGCCGCGGUCUGUGGCCGUGUUCCCGUGGCAUUCCCUUGUGCCCUUCCUGGCCCCCAGCCAGCCGGACUCCUCCGUCCAGCCCAGCGAGGGCCAGCAGCCUGUCAGUCACCCCGCGGUGUCCAAUCAGAACAAAGAGCCUCCAGAAUCAGCGGCCGUUGCCCAUGACCUCCCGGGGGUGGCGUCGGGGGCUGAGCUGGGGGCUUCCCGCCCCGACAGUCCAGCCUCAGCCCCCCAGGCCACGGCAGCGGCUGGAGGGGGAGAGGGCCCCUCCCAGCUCGAGGAUGAGGCCCCGGGGCCCCCAAGGCUGGACAGCGAGACAGAGAGCGACCACGAUGACCCGUUCCUGUCGAUCGUGUCCCCCGAGAUCCAGCUCCCUCUGCAGCCCGGGAAGCGCCGGACGCAGUCGCUGAGCGCCCUGCCCAAGGACCGAGACUCUUCCUCCGAGAAGGAUGGGCGCAGCCCCAACAAGCGGGAGAAGGACCAUAUCCGGCGACCCAUGAACGCCUUCAUGAUCUUCAGCAAGCGGCACCGGGCUCUGGUGCACCAGCGGCACCCGAACCAGGACAACCGCACCGUUAGCAAGAUCCUGGGCGAGUGGUGGUACGCGCUGGGGCCCAAGGAGAAGCAGAAGUACCAUGACCUGGCCUUCCAGGUGAAGGAGGCGCACUUCAAGGCGCACCCCGACUGGAAGUGGUGUAACAAGGACCGGAAGAAGUCCACCUCGGAUGCCAAGCCCUCGGCCGGGGCCCGGGGGGGCCCCAAGGAGGCACGGGAGCGCAGCAUGUCAGAGACGGGCACGGCCACCGUGCUGGGAGCCUCCUCGGAGAUCCCGGCGCUGGCGGGGCCAGAGAGCAAGGCAGGGGGCACAGGGCAUGUGCCCGGGGAGCGGCUGAGCCACGUGCCGGGGGCUGGGGCGCAGCGGCCCCGGGCCUUCUCCCACAGCGGGGUGCACGGGCUGGACGCCGGGGAGCGGGACAGCCAGGCGCUGCAGGAGCUCACGCAGAUGUGUUCUGGCCCGUCGCCCUACCCCGGCGGGAAGGGGCAGUAUGGGGGGCCGGGCCCCUCGGGGUCCCCAUUUGCAGCUCCAGGUGAGGGUCCCCGGCCCCCCCUGCUGCCGCCGGCCCCCCGCGCCGCCCGCUCCCAGCGCGUGGCCAGCGAGGACAUGACGAGCGACGAGGAGCGCAUGGUCAUCUGCGAGGAGGAGGGGGACGAUGAUGUCAUUGCGGACGAUGGGUUCAACCCGCCCGACAUUGACCUGAAGUGCAAGGAGCGGGUGACGGACAGCGAAAGCGAGACCUCCUCGGGCGAGGAGCCCGACGGCAAGGGCUUUGGGCGGAAGCUGUUCUCCCCAGUGAUCCGCUCCCCGCCGCUGCCCCCCUCCUCGGGCGCCUUCGCCCCCUGCCGCCCGCCAGCCCCCACCGAGCUGGACCUGCCCCACGGCCCCGACCAGACCCCCCUGGCCAAGCCCUACAGCCCCUUCCCGCUGGCGCUCAGCCCCUUCAAGGCCCAGGACUCACGGGGGCCCCGGCCCCCUGGCCCCCUGCCAGCCAAGCGCCCUGAGCCGCCCCCCCCUUACCGCAGGAAGCGGGCUGACAGCGCCGGGGGGGCUGAGACGGGCGCUGCCGGACCCUCGGUCAUCUCCUCCCCCGGGGGGGUGCUGCAGGCGCUGGUGCUGCCGGAGCCGGGGCGCCUGUCCGCGGGCACGGUGCUGGUGCCGGCCCCCUCGCUCAGCGGCUACGGCGGGGCGCCGGGCCUGGCACGCACCGCCUCCACCGUGGUCACCAACGUGGUCAAGCCGGUCAGCAGCACCCCCGUGCCCAUCGCCAGCAAGCCCUUCCCUCGGGGGGCAGGUGAGGGCAGGCCCCUGCUCAGCCCCCCAGCCCUGGAGCUGGCCCCGCCGCCCCUGGCCGUGCUGGGGGGUGCCAAGCCGGAGGCCGUGCCCGUGGGUCGCAUCGGCCUGCUCUACGCCGACAAGAAGCCUCCGCCCCCCGCCAGCCAGGCCCCAUCCCCCCACCUGGUGGUCGGGCCAAUGGGCAAGGCUCCGGCGGCCCCGGGCAACGUGGUGACCAACCUGCUGGUGGGGCAGGCGGGGGGCGCGGCGGCCGGGCCGGCCCCCGUGACUGUGCUGCCGCCGCAGCCCUCAGUGCAGUUCAUUACCCAGAACCCCCCGGGGGCCGGGCCCAAUGGGCCGGUCCCCCUGGGCAUCCUGCAGCCCCAGGGCCUCCUGUCAGGGGCGCCAGGCAAGGCCGGGGGCAUCACCCAGGUGCAGUACAUCCUGCCCACCCUGCCCCAGCAGCUGCAGGUGGCCGGGGGCAAGGGGCCAGGGGCCGGAGCCGCCAGCAUCCACUUCACCCUGCCCCCCACCAGCAGCAAGGUGCUCGCCACCGCGCCCCACGGCCUGCCCAUCCUCCAGCCUGGGCCUGGCAGUGCCAGCACCGCCGUCACCGUCGUCUCCACCGCACCCAAAGGUGGGGGGCGCUGGCCCCAGGGGCUGGCUGGCUCGGGGAUGGGGCGGAGGGCUGCGUCCGUGUCGCCCCCACCUGCCAGUAACACUCCCCCCUCUCUGCUCAGGAUCACCUAUGUGCAGUCCACAGGCGGGCACCAGCUGACCCUGGGCACCUCGGCCUCCCCCUCGCAGCCUGGCGCCGCCCCCGCCGCCACCUAUGUGCAGGCCCCUGUGGGGCCGGCCCCCAUGGCUCUGGGCUUCACGACCAUCGGGCCCAGCGGGCCGGCCAUUGUGCAACCGCUGCUCUCGGGGCAGAGCCCCCUGCUGGCCCCAGGGCAGGUGGGGGUUUCCCCGCUGCCCAGCCCCCAGCUGCCCCCCUCCUGCAGCGGCCCGGUGAUCACGGCCAUCUACCCCGGCCCCCCGAGCGCCGGCCCCGCCCCGUCACCCGCCCACGGUCUCGUCUACAGCGUGGCCAGCCCCGCCCCGGCCCCCAUCCUGCCCAAGGGCAGCAGUGCCGGCAGCCAGGGCACACUGGGGCCUGGACCCAUGGGCCCCCUCGCCUUUCCCCCAGCGCCCGCCCGGCCCCCCCGCCCCCCGCCGAAGCCCCCCCAGAAGGUGAAGGCCGCCAUCGCCAGCAUCCCCGUGGGCUCCUACGAGAUGGCCCCGUCACCCAGCCCUGCCCGGCCUCCAGGGGGGCAGCAGACGGAGCCCGGGGGUCCUCCCCGUGUCCCCCGGGAGCUGGAGAGCCCCAGGGAGCCCCCGGAGCCGCCUGCCCCCUCCCCACCGCCCCAGCCCCCCCGGCCCGGGCCAGCUCCAGACCCGGAGAGCUGGGAUGGGCGCCCCCCCUCGCCCGCGCCCUCCCAGCACCUGGCGCCCGAGGCUGAGAGCGGCGAGGGCUGGAGCCAGCGGGAGGCGGUGCCGGGGGCCGGCGAGGAACGAACACCCCGAGAGCCGGCAAGCGCCCCCGGAGCCACCCUGGGGGGCAAGGGGCCCGAGACGACCCCCCGGGGGCCCGUCUCUCCCGACUGGAGGGUCCCGGGUCCUGAGAGCCGCCCUGAAGCCCCAGCCCCAGCCCCCCCUGCCGGCCCUUCGUCCUCUGCGCUCAGCCCCGCCCCCGCUGGCUCUGGGGAGGGGUCCAGGGGGGCAGGCCCCACCCCCGGUGCGCCCGAGGGCCCGGAGCGCAAGGAGGGGGCGGGCGGCAAGAAGGUGAAGGUCCGGCCUCCCCCGCUGAAGAAAACCUUCGACUCGGUGGACAAGGUUCUGUCCGAGGUGGAUUUCGAGGAGCGAUUCGCGGAGCUGCCCGAGUUCAAGCCCGAGGAGGUUCUGCCCUCGCCCACGCUGCAGUCGCUGGCCACCUCGCCCCGCGCCAUCCUGGGCAGCUACCGCAAGAAACGCAAGAACUCCACCGACCUGGACUCCUCCACCGAGGACCCCAUCUCACCCAAGCGGAAGAUGCGGCGCCGCUCGAGCUGCAGCUCGGAGCCCAACACGCCCAAGAGCGCCAAGUGCGAGGGCGACAUCUUCACCUUCGACAAGACGGGCGCGGAGGCGGAGGACGUGCUGGGGGAGUUGGAGUACGAGAAGGUCCCGUAUUCGUCGCUGCGCCGGACCCUGGACCAGAGGCGGGCGCUGGUCAUGCAGCUCUUCCAGGACCACGGCUUCUUCCCCUCGGGUCAGUGCCGCCGGGGCCGCUGCCAGCACGCCGCUAGGGGGCGCUGUGCCAGGGGCACCGGGGAGCGGGGCGAGGGGCUCCGUAGGGGGCACCGUGGGGCAGUGAGCGGGGUGAGGGGCUCCGUAGGGGGCACUGUGGGGCGGGGCGAGGGGCUCCGUAGGGGGUGCCAUGGGGUACCUCUUGGUGUAAUGUAG